AUGGCAUGUAACACACCUAACCAAAGACAGCGGACUAUGUCAACAUCUGGAGAAGCUCUAUAUGAAAUUCUUGGUCUGCAUAAGGGAGCAUCAAAUGAAGAAAUUAAGAAAACCUACAGAAAAUUGGCCUUGAAACACCAUCCAGACAAGAAUCCAGAUGACGCAGGUGCUGCUGAGAGGUUUAAAGAAAUCAACAACGCCCACACAAUACUAACUGACACGUCAAAGAGAAACAUAUACGACAAGUACGGAUCACUGGGACUCUAUGUGGCCGAGCAAUUUGGAGAGGAAAAUGUUAAUACCUACUUCAUGCUGUCAAGCUGGUGGGCAAAGACUUUGUUUGUCAUCAUUGGCCUCUUGACGGGCUGCUAUUUCUGCUGCUGUCUCUGCUGCUGUUGCAACUGCUGCUGUGGACGCUGCCGGCCUAAGUCAUCAAUGCCAGAAGAGGACUUCUAUGUGUCCCCAGAGGAUCUUGAGGAGCAGAUCAAGACUGACAUAGAAAAAGAUAUGGACUUUCCAGUUGUCCUCCAGCCUACAAACGCAAAUGAGAAAACACAGCUAAUCAGAGAAGGACCUCGAAGUUAUUGUACAGACUCUUAA